AGAGACAGAGAUGGAGGUGGAGCGUCCUCCUUCAGAACAGCGCGCGCAUGGACAGUUGUAGAGGAGCACGGGGACCACUAUACACGCUCUCCCAGUCUGCACCUACUGGUUACUCAUGUAGAUUUAUCUCCGGGACGUUACUGAAAUCUGUCAGGUCCAGGUACCUCUUAAGGAGCAGAGCUGCCUACUUCACUGGCCUGUUAUAUCCUGAAUCCUGGUGGGAUCCCUGAUGAUCUUUGUUGCUGUCCUCACUGACUCCUGUUUUCCUCCUGCUCGUCCUCCUUAUCCCUCUCCUCCCCUUUCUUAAACUCCCCUCCCUUCCUCCUCUGUGUCUCCCUGCCCCGGGCUUAUUACUCAAACCCACUGAAGGGAGCAACACAGUAGCUGGCAAAGGAUGAAGCAGGUCUGCCUGCCAACACCAGACAGAGGAUAGAAGACACAAAAGGACUAGCGAAGGGGAGAGAGACAGAGACGUUGACUAGUAGAGAGAUCUACAACGAAGCUGUGAGAGAAGCAACUACAACACUGAAGAUGCCAUGCCAAAGGAAAAACACAAGUUUCACUUGAGCGUCAUGAGCUAACAAGGGAUCCCUAACAGAUCUAGAACUGUGGACUUCUUUUUAACAACCCUUUUGGCUCUCUCUCUCUCUCUCUCUCUCUCUCUCUCUCACACACAUACACAAAAAUUGUGGAGACACACACUCCUGCUCCCUGGGGCUCCUUGUUAACACCUGCUAUGCCUCUGUAAGAAGUGUUAGCCAUGCCAGCAAAGGGGAAGUACCUGUUGAAUGACCAGGAGCUUAAACAUGAGGCAUUGUACCGCAAAUUCUCCUGCAUCAGCCAGUAUCAGCCGCUGGUGCUUCUGCUGGGCCUCUCCAUGCUCUCCUGUGGAAUCCUCCUCAUCCUCUUCUUUGCCCUUCAACUGAGUGCAAAGGAACACUGUGCCUUUGUGAGUGUGGUAAGCGGCAGCCUGUGUGUAUUCCUGGCCGUGUUUGUGCUGGUUUGCACAGAGAUACUCUCGCAGCGAUGGAGACGUCUACUCGGCCUGAUCGUCUGGGCCACGCACCUCACCAUGGGCUUCACCUUCAUCUUCCGCAGCCCCAUCAUCCUGCCUUGGGACCAGGUGCCUUUCUUCCUCUUCAUCAUUUUCACCGUGUACACCAUGCUGCCAUUCCAGAUGUGGUACGCUGUGGUGCUGAGCAUCAUUUCCUCCCUGUCCCACAUUAUUGCCCUCGCAGUGCAUCUCACCAUUUACAGCAAUGAGAAAAGUCCUGACCUUCCCAACCAGCUGCUGUCCAACGCAGUGGUGUUUCUGUGUGGCAGUGUCGUGGGAGCCUUCCAUAAGGUCCUGAUGGAGAAAACCCUGAGGCAGACCUUCCAAGACACCCUUAGGUGUCUGAGCAUGCGGAUGAAACUGGAGAUAGAAAAGAGACAACAGGAGAACCUGCUGCAGUCUGUGCUGCCAGUCUAUAUCUCAAUGAAGAUGAAGCUGGCAAUCAUGGAGCGUUUGCAAGACUGUAAAGACAAAGCAGAGCAACAGCGACUGGUCAAAGACAAUAACUUUCACAGCCUUUAUGUCAAGAGGCAUGAGAAUGUCAGUAUCCUCUAUGCUGACAUUGUCGGCUUCACCCGGUUGGCCAGUGAUUGUUCUCCCAAGGAGCUGGUCAUCAUGCUCAAUGAACUGUUUGGAAAAUUUGACCAAAUUGCCAAGGAAAACGAAUGCAUGCGAAUCAAGAUCCUUGGAGAUUGCUACUACUGCGUGUCAGGGCUGCCGGUCUCUCUGCCUAAACACGCCAAGAACUGUGUCAAAAUGGGCCUCGACAUGUGUGAAGCCAUCAAGCAGGUACGCGAGGCCACAGGAGUGGAUAUCAACAUGAGAGUGGGCGUGCAUUCGGGCAAUGUGCUCUGUGGAGUUAUUGGUCUUCGCAAAUGGCAGUUUGAUGUAUGGUCACAUGACGUCACUCUGGCCAAUCACAUGGAGUCAGGAGGCCUCCCAGGACGUGUCCACAUCACUGAGGCAACUCUAAAGCACCUGAACAAGGCUUAUGAAGUGGAAGAGGGCAAUGGCCACACUAGGGAUCCCUACCUAAAAGAGCUUAAUGUCCAAACCUACCUGGUCAUAGAUCCACGGUCUAAGGACCCAUCACUGAACACCCGUAAACCUCGAGUGAAUGAUGGUCUAAAGAUGCGGGCAUCUGUGCGUAUGACCCGUUACCUGGAAUCGUGGGGGGCCGUCAAACCUUUUGCCCACCUCCAGAGCAGAGAGGGAUUCACCCCAGACACCAUUGUUAAUGGAAAGCCACGCACCAAGGACAUCCCCCUGCGAACAGCCCCAGGCUCCAAGAUCACUGAGAGCUUUGAUGAGUCUCUAGAGGAACCGUUCACCUUGCCCGCACCUCCGUUCAGCAGCUAUAAGAACAAAUCCCAGAAGAGUAAGUUUGAUGAGGAGCUGCACAAUGAGAUGACCACUACCAUAGAUGAGCUCAGCAGCAAGCAAUGGUCGAAGUCUGAAGAGAGUGGCAGUUUAGCUUUGUGGUUUCCAAAGAAAGAGCUGGAAAAACAGUACCGAUCCUUAGAUUUGCCGAUGUUCAAACACUAUGUCGGCUGUGCCACCAUCAUCUUCCUCUGCAUCUUUGUGAUUCAGAUGCUUGUUACAAAGGAUCGACAGAUGUUGGGGACGGCAUUUGGAGCGUUGGUUUGUGUACUGUUGCUGACCCUGGCCAUCUGUUUUGCAGGUCCCUUGCAGCGCCUGUUUCCAGAGAAGCUGUCGACGUGCCAGUGGCUGACAGCUGUGUCAGAGGCGGUGGUGAAGCGGCCGUGCGUGCGCCUCCCUCUGGCCACCAUCACCGCUACGGUCAUCAUUAUCUUGGCAGUGUUCAACCUGUGCUUCGUCCAGACAAGUGGGACAGCAGAUAACGCUGACCUGUGUCACAGAAAUCAUUCCCGGGAGCAAGGAUUAGAGGGAGGACUCUUCUACCUGCCUUACUCUGUAUACUGCUGUAUCCUGUCCCUGAUCGCAUGUGGAGUCUUCCUGCGGGUUAGCUUUGAGCUCAAAGUGCUCUUCCUCACCGUGGCCUCCACAGCGUACUACAUCAUCAUCCUCAGCACCAAGAGGGAACUCUUUGUGGCCUAUGGAUAUGACCUCUAUGCUCAGAACAAUAACAGCUUGAUCUGCGAGUGGGUUGUGUUAUUACACAACUUAACUGAAUCAGAGCAGUUAAGCAAAGAUGAAUUAUUCCUGAAAUGGAUAGGGCUGGUGAAACACCCCCAGGUGAUGAGCUGUAUCUAUAUCACCCUGUUCCUGGUUACUAUGCUCAUUAUCUCACAACAGAACGAGUCCUGCUUCCGCCAGGAUUUCCUGCUUAAGUACAAAAACCACACAGAGCAGGACGAGAUCGAGACCAGGGAGAACCUGAACCGGCUCCUGCUGGAGAAUGUGCUGCCAGCCCACGUGGCAGCGCUGUUUGUCGGGGAGAAUAAAAAGAACGAGGAUCUCUACUACAAGUCCUACGACUGUGUGUGUGUGAUGUUCGCCUCGGUGCCAGAUUUCAAGGAGUUUUACACCGAGUGUGAUAUCAACAAGGAGGGCCUGGAAUGCCUGAGGCUGCUCAACGAAAUCAUCGCAGACUUUGACGAGCUGCUGUCCAAGCCAAAGUUCAGUGGUGUGGAGAAGAUCAAGACAAUUGGCAGCACUUACAUGGCCGCUGCUGGGCUUAGCGGGAUGCCUGGUCAGGAGAACAAUCAGGACAGAGAGAAGCAACACGCCCAGAUAGGGAACAUGGUGGAGUUUGCCAUCGCUCUGAUUGGCAAGCUGGACGGCAUCAACAGACAUUCCUUCAACAGCUUCAGGCUUCGCGUGGGCAUUAAUCAUGGCCCAGUGAUAGCUGGAGUAAUCGGGGCGAGGAAACCUCAGUAUGACAUCUGGGGCAACACAGUCAACGUAGCCAGCAGGAUGGAGAGCACAGGGGAGCUCGGGAAGAUCCAGGUAACGGAGGAAACGUCCGGCGUGCUGCAGAAGCUGGGGUACUCGUGUGAGUGUCGAGGGUUUAUCAACGUCAAGGGGAAAGGGGAGCUAAAAACCUUCUUUGUGUGUACCGACAUGAGCAAGCAGCAAGGUAUGGGGCUGAGCUGAGGCCACGCAGCCACAGCGAAAAACCGAACUGGAGACAGACUUGUGCACACAAGUCAAAGAGUUUACACACUCCUGCACACACCACAAGUGUUGAGACAGACCUGACUGUAAUACAGCUGUGUUCCUGUGAUAUUGCUGAAUGAAAAUACCGAGGCGUGGAUGUGACAUUGAACAUUCUGAGACCCCAUCUGUCAGAUCAGGAUGUGGCAGUCAUGCCCGGAGAGAUGGUCAAUAUGUACAAUCACAAUCUUUUUCUAUUCGCGAACACAUUUACGUCCAGUGAUCAGUCAUUUUUCUACCUUUUUUUGUCUUUAACUUAGAUGUUGUUUGUGAAAGAAAAAAUGUAAUUGUACUAAUGCCAAAUACAGUUGCGUAAUUUUUGAAGACCUCUUUGGUCCUUUAAAAACAAAACAAUGGAUUCUGUUUGGAUCAUAAUGUGAAACCCAUCUGGUUUUCCUGUUUGUGAAGGGAUGGAGACUCUGCUCUGUUACUGUGUAAUGAGCAAGACAUAUGUGAGGCUGUUAGAGAGAGCUGUUUCAGAAACAGGCUGUACAGUGGAUAAAAAAAAAUUUCUUUCUCCUUUCUGCUAGACCUAGUCAGAUUACAGAAAGUAGUUUCUCUUUCUGACCAAGCUGCAGAUCGUUACAUUACCGUAUCCUUGGUUUAACAUCUCUUUAUGUGAAGGUCUUUUAGGUUCCAGCUGUGCAGUUUGGCCUGAGUAACAUAUAUGACAAGAUGCUUGCAUUUCAGGAGGAGGUAGACAAAUACAUGUACUCUAUGUAUGCCAUCUGUUGUGUUUAUUCUGCUGAUAAGAAUCAAUUUUCAGUGUCUUUUGCUGCCUGUCUGAAUAUAUGCUGCAACACAGGGAAUCUGUGACGAUCUCGUUGGUGUCCUUAAGUCUGUGUGAUCCAACAAACCUGCCUGCUGUGAAUGUUUUUCUGGCUCCAGCUCAGAUGAUCACGUGACCCAACCUGGAUCGCUCUCUGUGCCUCUGAAAACUUGAUUUGUCUCGUGGCCUUACCUUUUGAGACCGUCAUCUCGUCUGUAUUUGUGGUUAUAUAAUAAUAAUAAUAAUAAUAAUGAUAAUAAUAAUAAUAGUAAUAAUGUAUUGGCCUUUAUGUGAACAAAUGUGACAUUGGAUUUUGUACAGUUACAGAAUGUAAUAAAUGUUUUCCUAAGUC